GCGCACAUAGGUUUGAAGGGCGGUGCUGGACUCCACCGGAGUAGAUUCACACACGGGACGAUUAAAAAGUGAAGUUUCGCUAGUCAUCGCGGAAUCAAACAUGGCAUUGAAGACUUGCAACUACCUCAGAAAAUACACGCCAUAGUUUAAAUUUAGUCCAGGUUUGUGUUUCGUUUAAUUAUUGAGACUUUUUUUACUCUGAAAGGCUCGUGGUGUUUCAUGCUAACUGGAAGGACUCCACUCGGACUUCAGUCAUGGCUUUGAUAGCCACGGAGCAAGGCAGCAAAAUGAGCGGUUCGGCAAUCUAUGGAACAGUUGGACCCAGGAAAGACACAUUUCAUGCAAAAACGCAACCGAAAGAGGGAGAUUAUUCCACGGACGGACUGCCCAAAGCGUUUCUUCACAGCCUGCGGACCCUGUUUGACAUCCUGGACGACGCGGGUCGUGGUUACGUCCACAUAUCUGAGAUCGAGAGCCGCUGGCAAGGCGCUGACACUCGGGAGUUACCCGGCGGGGUGUUGAGCUGCCUCCGCCGGGUCACCCCUCCGCAUGGCUGCCUCACGUUCGAGCGCUUCGUGGCGGGGCUGCGCUACUCCAUGCUUAAUCCAGAGAACCGAUGUCAUCUGAAGGUGCAAGCGGCCGUCCCUCCACAGCCCGCCCCGAGGUCUGCAUGCAGCCGGGUGGAGAAUAAGGUACGCCCGCUGGGGCCGAGCAACGUGACCAACAUCCAGCCGCACCGUGCAUAUUCACUGUUGAGCCGGCCCAGACCGGAGGAGGGAGCGGGCCAUCCGGCGUGCGGUCCGGCAAGAUACGGUGCAGGAUAUGAAAGACCUGGUCGGAGUCUGGAACGGAUCCCGGCCCCUCAGGAGGCCGGUGUGCCUUACCGGGUGGAGCCGGGUCAGGUCUCGAAGGCACCCCAGCAGCAGCAGAGCCGGGUGAGGUCCAUCGAGUCGCUGGCCCUGGAGUCACCACAGCUACAAGGGUCAAGUGUUGCCAAAACUAAUUUACCCAGAUCCCAAAGCGAGUCCAUGACGGGCUUCAGCGGAGUCUCCAGGCGACCCAAUCGCGGACGGGAGGAGCAGAGGCGCCACACAAUCACCAAUGGAGUGGACUACGAAAUGCUGAAGCAGAUGAAGGAGCUGGAGCAGGAGAAGGACUCCUUGCUGGCGGGCCUGGAGGUGGUGGAGCGUGCCAGGGACUGGUACCAGGGCCAGAUCCAUAAUGUCACUGAGAGACAGCGGCAGGUGGGGCAGAAUUCCCAAUGCACGGACUUUUUCACUGAAGCCAACCAGAGUCGCAUCAACAUCCUUAUUCCCAAACUACAGGAAGUCAACCGGUGCCUCAAUGAUCUCAUUUGCUGCACUGGAAUGUCGUCCUUCCCUUCCAGUGGCGGUCAGACGGCAGGGCACUCCACCACCCCGCAGCCUCCGGUUCCUGCUCCACCACAAGCCAUCCUGAGACUGAAGGACCAGAACAGACUCCUCACACAGGAGGUGACAGAGAAGAGCGAGCGCAUCGCCCAGCUGCAGCAGGAGAAGUCGGCGCUGAUCAAGCAGCUAUUUGAGGCGCGUUCGCGCAGCGUCCAGGACACCAGCACCAUGGACUCCACCUUCAUCUGACCUCUGUGAGACUCGACGUCGUUGUUUACCCGACUGACCCUCUGUGGCAGCCAUGCACCUUUUUUUUUUUACACCCCUUGACUGCAAUUUGUAACGCCUCCACUCCACACUCCGAGCUCUCCAAAGAUUCUAUACUCCAUUUUUUUUUUUUAAAGUUUGGGUUUUUCAUCUAAAACAAAGUUUACUCUUCCACCUAUCAUACAAAUUAGACUCUGGUUGGAGUUUCUUUUCGUAAAACAGCAAGGUUUUUAUAUUCAAGUAGCAUGUUCGAUGUUUUUGUGCGAGAUGAUGACGGUGGUGUGAGAAGUUCAACCUCCAAGCUAACGUUGAUGGAGAGGCCGAGAAGAGAGAUUGGAAAGUUUGCACGCCGAGGAAAGCGGAAUCCACUCGUUUGGGAAAGGUUUCAAAACAACUUUUUGGCUCUUUUCAUAAUGCCAAUUUUUCCUUUUUUGUCCUCUUUGUGACUGCAUGGCCCACAAUGUUGAACCUUUGGAGAAAUGUAGCUAAUCGUGUAGCCCUCCAAUACUUUUAUCAGAAACGAUUUAGCUAUUUAGUUUGUUUCUGACAGUAAAAAAAAAAUAUUAAUAAGCUGUAAGUGUAUACAAGCAAGGUACUGCUGGGAUGUCAGCAUAUAACAGUUAUGAAGCGCUGAAUGUUAAUUUUUUUUUGCUGCUCAAAGUACAUAAUGUGAGUGAAACGUUUUCCCCCUCCCAUCUGCUUUCUAUCACAAGUACUUCAACUAUGAAUGAAAUGUAAAAUAAUAAAUACGAGUAAACAGGGUAACAAA